AUGAAGUUACAUCCCAAAGAGCUUGAAGAUAGGAUGGUGACGAGGCAUCAAAUGCAUGGGUUGACACAAGAAUAUCUAGAACAAUAUUUGCAACAUCUGGCUGAUAAGGAGGACUGGGAGACUUUCAUGGAUGUGCUAGCUCUUACUGUGUAUGGCAUUGUGUUAUUCCCCAAAAUUGAAGACUUCGUGGACCCUAUUGCAAUAGACGUCUUUGUGGCAAGAAAGAUGAGGUCAGAGAAUCCUAUGACAGCGAUCCUUGCUGAUGUUUAUGGGACUAUGAGUUUCUGUCACGAGAGGAAAGGAAAAAAAAUUCUUUGUUGUUUGCCUGCGUUGUAUGCAUGGAUGACUACACGUGUAUGUAAAGGGGCAGUUGAUGUUAAAAGUCCAUCUGAAAACUUGUCACACCAAGGGCUCAAGGGCAAAGGAGGUAAUGAGUGGGCCCAAUUCUUUGCUGGUUUGAGCGAAGGGAAUAUAAAGUGGCGCCUUCCUUGGCUUGGAAUUAAACCGUCUAUACAGCAUUGUGGCAACUUUCCCAAUGUGCCUCUCAUAGGUGCCCGAUAUUGCAUCGAUUACAAUCCUCUGUUAGUUCAAAGACAAUUUGGGCAUCCUAUGAAAUGGGCACCUUCACCGGACUAUCUUGUAGCCCUAUUCAUCUACUAUGAAGAUGGGCAAUUCAUUGAAUUGUUGAGAAAGGUUAGAAGCGCUUGGGAGAGCGUAGUGAGGGCAGGAAAGGAUCAAAGGUUGGGAGUAGUGGACAACAAAGUUACUUAUCGUACAUGGAUCCUAGAAAGGGUAAAAGAAGUUAAACUUCCUUUCAGACCCAUCAACGAUUAG